AAGCCACUUAAGCAGGAACUUCAAAAUUGUGCGGAUGAAUGCGUCAAACGCUGCUGCUGAGCUCAGCGCCACUGAGCAAAGGAUUAUUAGGAUAAAGUCGGAUAUAGAUCAGUUUGAAGAACUAUUCAGGCGUGUUGUCAGUGGGUUUGGAGAUACUAAAUAUCUCAAUGAACAAUAUCACAAACUUAUUCUCACAACCAAGGAUUUAUCUUUUCAUUUGGAUACCAUCCAAAAAGCAAUUCAGCUGGGGUCACAAAUUCCCGAUCUGCGUGCUCGAGCUCGUACUUUAAAUGCUCAAGCCAUAAGUCAACUGGGACGUUUGCAAAAAUUGGGUAAUAAUGUUCAACAACACGCCAAAAGUGAGACAAAAGUUGAAUCACUUAACACUGAAGGGAAAUAUCCAUCAGUCAAUGACUUUGCAUUCAGUCAAGGUCCUUUAGAACAAAAGCAGAUAACUAUGGAAUCUAAAGCAGAUAUUCAACGAGCACAUGAUAUGGAACAAUUGGAAUCGGAUAUUGUUCAAGUGAAUGAAUUAUUCACAACACUUGCCACUUAUAUUCAUGAUCAAGGGACUUUAGUUGAUUCAAUAGGCGAUAAUAUAGAAGUAGCCUAUGAACAGGUUCAAAGUGGUACAGAACAACUGACCACAGCAACAAAACAUCGGAAAUCAGCACGACGUAAAAAGUGUAUUUGUCUCGGACUGGUCGUCUUGAUUUUAUUCAUUAUAGGCUUGGCUAUCGGAUUAUCCUUGAAACAAUGAUUGAUUGAUUGAUUGAGUAGUGUUCAUGCAUACAGUGAUACAAUCUUUUGUUCUUGUUUUUUGUUUCACCCUGCCAUUAACAUUAUUAUGUGAUUUGGUUUUACUGUUAAUUUCUCCUCUUUUUGUAAUUAUUAUUAUUUGAUAAUAAUUAGUUUGAUUUGUUCUCAAAAUUUAUUGAUUUGCUAUCAUGAUUUCAUAUACACGCAGAAAAAAACGCAUACACUGCAGAAAGCAGAGCGGAACUACAACACACACACAUACAAUGUCUUUCAAUGACUUACAAUUAUCUUUUUUUCUUUUCUUUUUGGUCAUUGUUUCAUGGUUUAACUUUGUUUAUUUUUCACUUUUAUGGCAGACAGACAGACCCACACACACACGCACAGACACAGUAUUCCAUUAUUAAUUAAUUAUCAUAACUUCCAACAUUCUAUGCUGAUGAUGAUGACGAUAAUGAUGAAUGUGUGUGUGUGCGUGGGGGAGGGUUUGUACCUCGUUUAUAACGCCUACUUGAUUGUACAGUUACAACAAUUUAUAUCAUAUAUAUAUAUAUAUAUAUAUAUAUAUAUAUAUAUAUAUAUAUGAUACACAUUCAUUCAUCAAUAUAUUUUUGCGCCUUAUAAUUUUCCAUACAUUUAUUCCCUUUAAUAAAUUGGAAAUAAAGCAAGAACAACUGGGGUUUGUGCCGAAGUAAGGUGAUGGUACCAUCCGUGUUUAUUUCGUUGACUUCUCUUCUAAUUAGCUCAGCUGUUUACAGCCCGAAGAUCUAUCCUCAGAAACUAAUAGAAUUGUUAUUAUUAUUAUUGUUGUUCCCCUGGGCUCCUAGUGGAACAUAGGGCUUCAACUGCACGUCUCCACUUGCCACUUCUGCUGUACUUUUCAACUACAUCCAUGUUAAUUAGUCCAUAUUGUUUCAACUCCUUUUCACACGAUCUCCUCCAUGUCACCCUUGCACUGACG